CCCUACGCGCGAAGGGCUGAUUGUUUGAGUUUGAUUUGAUUCAUUCGACUCGAAUCCAUUCUUCUGAUUCGAUUCCUUCUGUGAUUCCUUCGAUUCAUUCAUGUAUGAAAACCGCCUGUCUGUCAUACGUAUCAUGCUUGACUGUCCAUCGACGGCUUGGCUGUCUCUCCUCCAAAAGAAACGAAGCCAAAAACAUUGGAACAAAGGAUGAAGGAAUCUAAAAAUAUUUCUUCCAGAGCCAUGGCCAAGGAGACGUAUCGUAGAAACCUACGCACGACAGAUCGUAGGAGUAGUACGGUACUCGUACUUGUACGAACAAUAACUAAUGAACACCUCGACGACGACCAAAGAUAACCGAAUCGAAACAUCACAAGUGCCUGAAAGAGCCAGGGGACCGACAGAUCCAGCAGGAGAUUUUUUUGCACCGAUACAACACAUUGCAGUAAAUUACACAGAUCAAUCUACUACCAUGGCCGACGACGCACCAAAAGGACCCUCGAAGAACGAACUGAAAAAGAUGGCCAAGAAAGCGGAAAAGGCGGCCAAGAAAGCUGCCGCCAAGGGCGGCGGUGCCGCACCUCCAGCCGCUCCGAACGCCAACGCAGCAGCCAAUGCGGCCGCUGGAGGCAAGCCACCCCCCUCUUCGGUUGCCCUCCCCAAGGCCCCAAAGGUGCUCCUGUACCAGGGCGCGAAGGACGAUUCCGCCACUCUGAAGGCUGUGUACGCGUCUCUCCAUUACGGGAUCCCUCUGGGUGUGGCCAAGAAAAAGGAUGUUCCGGCGGGAUUCUCGGCGGCCGGAUCGAAAAAACCUGCCCUCUUUUACGGAACGACCGGAGAUUACGUUCUCGGGGGCGGGGGCAACGCCAUGUGCAAGGCCAUCGGACUGAUGGCCGGAGAGCCCCUCAGUUUCGAGGCCGACGAGUGGUGCGAGGUAGAGCGAACGACGUUGCGAACCGAUGGCAAAAAGCCCCUCAAGCUCGAUUCUUUGGCGGCUGCCCUGGAGGGAUCGGCGACGGGCGUCCAUCUGGUCGGGGAAGCGGACACCAUCGCCGACAUUUGCGUGAUGGUGACCCUGUCGAACCACGCGGAAAGCAUUGCGACGUGGCCGAGUAAGUAUAGUUUCGAACAACACGACAUGACAUAUCAUGGAACAGCGCAGUAUGUUUAGAUUUUGGUGCGGUUGGUCAAAGGGAAGGGUCGGACGAAGUCAGUGCGUUGCAUGGCUCGCGGAAACUCCGUUUCGGAAGAUUCUGCCACACACACAAGCACAUACACAGACCCGCGCACACAGGUUUUGCGCCGUCGUAGUGGGUGGCAUGUCACGGAAUGCAUUAGUGACUGCUCCCGAGUAGGCAACGCGACUGCCAAAGGCACUUCCAUUGUUUGCGCUCGAACCAUCGCUAUACAACGUGUCGCCACCUGAUUUUUUAUCUAACUCGUUUCUUCUUUCUCAACAACACUUUUUCGGUUUGUGGAACCAAAACUAACACCCGGUGUCCUGGCACGUCGCACACCAUACCAUAACAAACCAUACGAUCCCCUAACAUUCCAUACAAUGCGACUGUGACUCCAAAUCCAGGCUCCGUUCAAAAAUACUACCAGUGCCACUCCGCAGCCCUAGAAUCCGCCAAGGCCGCCGUUGGCAAGCACUGCCCCGUCCCCCCUAUCGACAUUAAGACAAAUCCCAGUCUCGUGAAGGUCCUGACGGCGAUCUUUACCGAGAUCAUCGAGGAUAUUGCCCCCGAAUUUGAGCUUCCUAAGAACAUUAUCAAGAAGUGCGACACCCCCAAGCACGGAGACUACCAGUGCAGUGUCACGAUGCCGGCCUUUGCCAGCCUCAAGAAAACCGGUGGCAUGCCCCCAGGGGUAUCGGGCCCGCAGCAGCUGGCACAGGUCAUCAUCGACAGAGUCGGGAAGGACCACCCCGUCAUCCAGGAAAUGCGCAUCCAGGGACCGGGAUUCAUCAUGUGCAAGAUCUCGUCUGUCUAUCUACAGUCGCACAUCGAAACCACCCUCAAGAACAAGUCCCUGCCCAAGCCCGUCAAUGACGGCCCACAGGAAACGUGCCUGGUCGACUUUUCCAGUCCCAAUAUUGCCAGUAAGUUCUAUGCAGUAGUGUAUUGUGGUGUAUUGAAUCUGAGUUUCAUGGUUCAGCCGCUCGUGAAAGCGAAGCAAAGAGAACAGCAUCGUUUGUUUUGUGUUCUUUUCUUUCAGUCGUUUGCACUUCCGCCUCAUCGUCACCACUACCUCUUGCUUUCUUAACGAUAGAGGAGAUGCACGUAGGCCACUUGCGUUCUACUAUCAUCGGAGAGGCCGUCUGUCGCAUAUUGGAAUUCGUUGGAUACAACGUUGAACGCAUCAAUCACGUUGGUGAUUGGGGCACCCAAUUCGGAAUGCUUAUUCAAUACCUCAAGGAGGAAUAUCCCGAUUUUGCCAACAACAUGCCCAAUAUUACGGAUUUGACAGCGUUUUACAAGGCUGCCAAGGAACGAUUCGACGACGAUGCUGACUUCAAAAAGACGGCCCAGCUGAACGUUGUGAAACUCCAAUCCGGAGACGCAGAAUGCAUCGAAAUCUGGCAGCUUCUCUGCGACGUUUCGCGCAAGGAAUUCCAAAAAGUCUACGACCGAUUGGAUGUUACGGUCAAGGAGUGUGGCGAAUCCUUCUACAACGACAAGAUUCCACCUGUCAUCGAAGAAUUCAACGACGCUGGCAUCCUAAGCGUCGAAGAGGGAGGAGCCAAGUGCGUUUUUGUGGAAAAUUACAAGAUCCCCCUCAUGCUGCAAAAGUCAGACGGUGGAUUCGGAUACGACAGUACCGACAUGGCAGCCCUAAAGUACCGUCUGUUCACGGUCAAGGCCACCCGAAGCAUUUACAUCACGGAUUACACACAGGGAGACCACUUUGCCAUGUGCUUCCAAGCGGCCAAAGACAUUGGCUGGCUCAACAACGGACAGCAACUCCAGCACAUUGGUUUUGGAACGGUGCAGGGAGAAGACGGAAAGCGAUUCAAGACCCGAUCCGGCACCACGGUGCGACUCGUGGAUCUACUGGACGAGGCGGUCAAUCGAAUGGAGGGAUCCCUGAGGGACCGAAUUGCCAGCGGAAGGGCCCAAAUCACAGAAGAAGAAGUCCACGAGGUCGCAGAAGCCGUCGGAUACGGAGCCGUCAAGUAUUUUGACUUGCGACGAAACCCAACCUCCAAUUACAAGUUUUCGUACGACGCCAUGCUGGACACCAAGGGAAACACCGCCGUCUAUCUCCUCUACUGCCGCGUUCGAUUCGAGAGCAUCAUGCGCAAGGCCAAGGCCGAAUUCGACUGCGACGUCGAAGACCUUAUUGCCUCGGGAGAAAAGAUUGUCAUCGAGCACGAGUCGGAGCGAAACCUCGCCUUGCAGAUCCAGUCCUUUGCCGACGUCCUGGACCAAACCCUCGACGAUUUACUCCCCUACCAUAUCUGCGACUAUGUGUACCAACUGUCGAUCGCAGGAUCCGAUUUUGUCACCCAGUGCAAGGUCCUGGGCACCCCCGAGAUGAAGAGCCGACUCCUGUUGUGCCACGUAACGACCACUUCGAUGAAGCAGUGCUUUGAUCUGCUAGGAAUCCGCCAYAUCAAGAGAAUCUAGAGAGCAAUUAAUUUAAUCAUGUAAG